AUGGCAAUUUGGAUUUUGGAACAUGGAGUUCGAUGUCUGUUCAGAAGAAUUUCCAACAAACGUCACAACACCUGUGAUCAGUGCUUUAGAAUGCGCCCUGUUUGGUGUGGCAACAACGUGGCACUCGGCAAGCCAGCAACAAGUAGUUCAGUUUGGGGCGGGUACGCAUACCUCGCUGCAAGCAACAUGGUGGACGGCGAUGCUAACCCUAAUGACUACCUGGGGCACUGUUUCGUGUGCGACGAUGGUGCCGGGGGUCCAAAUUGGGCAGUUGUUGACCUCCUUAGCACACAUCACGUUGAUCGUGUUGACCUCUACUCAAAAGAUUGUUGUGCGGAACGACUGGAUUACUUCAUAAUCGGCCUCACGUCAGUAAACUACUUCCAAUCCUGGUCAAGCAUCAUCAGAGGUGCCUACCCCAUCUGUGCUCAAUAUAAGUACAAGGCGGUCAACCGCUCCAAGCAUACGUUGAAUGCCAAUGUAAUGCCAAUCUCCCUUCCUACCGUUACAUUAUUGCCCAGCAACCUGCCAAUGGAGUUGGACAUUUAA